GACAUCGACCAAGUGAUCUACAAGUUUCCGGACUACGGCAAGGAUUUCAUCAAGUCACUCGGAAUGAGUCCAGAUAGCUACGUGCAGAUGGCGUUUCAGCUGGCAUAUUAUAAAAUGAACAAGGCUCCGGGUUUGUUACACGAAAGUGUUUCUUUACGUAACUUCCUUUACGGUCGAACGGAAGGGGUCCGGGGAUCCUCGACAGAAAGCCUGUCCUUCUGCAAGGUCUUCGAAAGUCCGUCUGCCGGCAUGGAAGAAAAAGAGAUCAGCCUCAGAAGAGCAGUGACGAAGCACAAACGCGAUGUUGCUCUUGCGAUUAGCGGCCUUGGCAUCGACCGUUUACUUUUUGGAUUGAAGAUGAUCGCAAUGGAAAACGGAAUGCCGCUGCCUGCACUAUUCAAGGAUCCAGCAUUCGACCUGUCCAGGAGGUUCAGGAUCAAAACGACUCAGGUCUCCGCUCGGUGCGACGGCGUCAUGAUAGUCGGCCCAGUGUUUCCCGACGGCUACUUUGUUCUGUACAACAUGCGGUCGGAUUCCGUCAACUUCGGGGUGUCCAGCUUCGGCAGCUGCUCGACGACGUCUGCCGCGGAGUUUAGGAACGCUCUCAAAGAGAGCCUCAUUCAGAUGCACGACUGCGUGCUUCAUUCGCAGACCCACUUGGGGAUAAAAGUACGCGUACAAGAUCCCUGUUAA